UUCUGGUUAAUAUCUUGUGCGCUAAAUAGUUCCAAAAAAAAGUAGUCUUCAUUAAGGAUAAAUUGUAUAUAUAUACUUAACUAACCUUAACUAACCUUAACUAAAUGGCUCCUCCUAUACCUGUAUACACUAACACUGAAAUACGAACGAGAUAUAAAGCUCAACUAAAUAAUCCUGAAAAAUAUAAUUGUGAAUUACGAUCUUUAGUUCAACAUGAGUGUACAUUUAAGACAUUCCCCAAUGAUAGAUCAAAACCUCCAGAAAUCAUAUGUCUACCAUUUAAAAGAAUAUUUCAAAGAUGUCUUAUACCUCAGAUAACUAAAGAAAAUGGUAAGAAAAUUCAUAUAAAUAAAUGGGUAAAUAUUGAAAUAACUAGUAGUGAAACUAAUAAACUAAAAGUUGAUCAAAGUACUUCUAAAUUCGAUAUAAAUGUUCAAGAAUUUUUAAAUGCCGAGAAGGAUUUUAGGAAGUUGAUGGAGAUGGAGAUGGAAGAAAAUGCCUAAUUAUUACUGAUAUGGUUGAAAAUUACGACCUUUACGAUAUGUUAAUAGAUUACUGUAUAAUGUAUAUAUUAUUAUUAUAUAAUAAAUUAAAUUAAAUUAAAUUAAAGAGAUGAGAUCAA